AUGAGACUUCGGCCCAACGCCCCGCCCCCCAGCUCCCACCAAAACCCGACCUCCUCGCGCAGCGUCGCCUUCCACCUCACCUACGUGCCCAACCCGGCCCUCGCCCGACGCCUCGAACCCCCUUCCCGGCCCGCAUUCCCAUCCGCGCGCAAACACGCCAGAUGCAGCACGGCGACGCAGCUAGACCGGUUUCCGACGUCCAUCGAUCGCCAUCGGUGCGGCUGUCCUGCUGCGGUGCGGGCGUGGGGGCAGCUUCGGCUGCGCUUGCGUGUCAACUGCGUUGGCUGCGGGGCCGAAGGAUCGAAGGAGCAGAGGCAGCCUCUCGAGGCCGCUGGAAACAGUGAUGUUUCGGCCCCAAGGAAUUCCCCGUCCGUCCGUCCGACAACGCCCGCGUUUGCCGGAGUGGGAUCGAAUCGGCAAUACGGACGGACGGGAGGAUAA